CUGGCCGGCAGGCAAUACCUCCGCAUUAUUCACUUCAGCACAACAACGCUCUAUCAUCAUUGCGGUAUUGACCUGCGACUGGUGCGACUUCAACUCGCUGCUCUGUCUGUUGCUGACCUCCUUGCGCGCUUGGUCUUUGACAUAUUCAGCCUGGUAACGAGCAUCGGUGCCAUCCUAGAGUCCAACGCCACCGCGUUCCAAUAGUGCUCAAUAAACUCCAAAGGAGCUCCCCGGAACCCCUGCCGUGAGCGACAGCUUUGGUAGAUCAGCGCUCUGGGUUCCUCGUUCUUUGAAAAAUGGAUGACUUAGGGGACUUGGCGUGGAAAUCCCACGGUUUCGCUGCCAAGCCCUCCGUUCGCAACAAUGCUACAGGCAACUCUACCCCGCUCAAUCAAUUAGGAGCGGGCUCAACGAAUCCUGCGCAUGCAGGCAUUGGUGGAGCCAAUGCGGGAAUACGGAACAACGCAACUCCGCCAUCAUUCUCUCCAUCGGCAUCUUCGUCGACGACGCCACGCAUGGCGUCUGCGUCAGCAGGCUUUGUUCCUCUUUCGAGCAAUCAGCAGUUUGGGAACGUGGGAAGCGGUGCGAACAAUCCUACGGCCGGAAUCAAGUCGUUCACGUCGCUGUCAUCUCAAUCUGGUGCAUCUGCGUCGCAUAGCAGGUCAGCAUCUCCGCGACCGCCAGCCCCGACAGGGUCAGGAGAUGUUUUCGGAAAUCUGGUUUCCUUUGGCGGAGCUUCUGCUGCACCGAAGCAGACGCUGGGGAACAUGACGAUGGAUCAGCAGCGUCGAGCCCAGGAACAGCAAAAAGCUGGGUAUUCACAGCCUCAGCAAGUGCAGCAGCAGCAAUCGGGGUUGGGAUCCUUGGGCAAUUUUGGGGCAGGGGGAGGAUAUGGUUCCGGCGUGAGCUCUGGACGAAACAGCGGAACGGCCACGCCAAACCUAUCUCGAGCGUAUGGAGGGUCGGGUGGAGUGGCAUCUGCACAGAACGCGUUGCCAAGUAAAAACGACUUCGCUGAUUUGUUUAGCGGCCGCACCGCGCAGCCUGCGGCACCCACUCCAUUAGGAAGUGGUCUAGGAAAGCCCUUGCAGGCAAUGGGAAACAAAGCGUCGCAAGCUUCACAACCAGCAGCUCAAUCAAAUGACGCAUGGAACUUGGAUUUCUUGGCGUCCGGAGGGGCAAGCGCUGCCUCUAGCACCAUGAACAACGGUCCUGGCAAACCCCAUUCGGACGAUCCGUUUGAUUUGGAAUUUUUGGGAGCCCAAUCUAGAAAUGGCACGCCAGCAAGCGAGCCCGUGGCGUCGCUACCAGGAAUCAGUGGCGCGAAAAGCCACACAGCAGAUGACGAUAACUUCCUGGGUCUUUUAGGACGGCCGGUUUCGGAAAUGCCAAAGCCAAAACCUGCGCCUCCGCCUGCUCCUGUGGCGGCACCAAUACCCCAGCAGGCUUCAUCCGCCAGUCAUUCCCGCGCGUCCUCCGUCCCGGUAUUAUCUAAGCAGAGUGCCGAAUCUACUUCCCUCGAUUUCGCGAUAGCUCAGAUUCUCGACAUGGGCUUUGACCAUCAAAGCGCUCGAACCGCCUUGGAAGCGACCGGCAAUGAUGUCACCGCCGCCAUCGAUUUAUUGGUUCAAAAUCGCGAAGCUCAACAAGAAAUCAGAGAGCAUCCCGAUUCCGCGAGAGGCAAACCUGCAGCCUCGAGACAACAGCCUCAACAGCCGUCCCCGUCCCACGCGCAUCGAGUUACCAAGUUCAAAGAUGAUUAUGAGGACGAGUCGUCAGACUCAGAUUACCCCGGUUCAGGAGCGCGGCGAGGAAACAGGUCGGCAAUACCAUCUUCUCGUGCGGACUAUCAACAUGCUCGCGAGUCCAGUGCCGGAUCGAGUAACGCCAGUGCUGGUCUGACCCAAGAGAAGCUUGUGCAGACUGCUAGUGCGAUUGGAACGUCUGUGUUCAAAAAUGCCAAAUCUAUGCUGAAUUACUCCAAGCAGAAAAUUACCGCGGUUGUUGAGAAAGCUCAGGCGGAGUUGGAUGCCGCCUCUUCUGGCGCAAGACCGAGACAGCAGCAAAAUCGUCGGGGUGGAUAUGACGACGAGUAUGACGAUGGCGACCAGGAGGCCGAACGGCGAUACUAUGAGUCAAAGGAGCGGGAAGGACAUCAGAGGGACGACAGUGACGAGGAGGACAAUGCCCCUGGGAGGGGUCAAUCUCCGAGGUUGCAAUUCAAGGAUGAGGGAGACGACGGAUCAUCCCGCUCCAAGUCUUCACAACAGCAACAGCAGCAGCAGCAGCAAUCUCCGCGUUCACAGCAGCAAACAAAUCAUUCGGCGCCGCAGAAGGAGUUCCGCUCAUCCCCAUCCCACCAGCAGGCCUCACAGCACGUCACCAGCCUCUCCUUCGCGGCCCAGACCUCCCCAGCCCCCGUCCGCCCUCCCGCCGCCGCCGCCCCAGCACCAGCCCCCCGCAAACCAACCCCACCACCAGCCGUCACCGCCACCCCCCAACAACUCGAACAAUCCAACCUCCACAAAGAAGCUGGCAACGCCCACUUUAAACAAGGCCAAUUCGGCGACGCCGAAGAAUCCUACACUCACUCCAUCAACGCCCUCCCGGACCUGCAUACCAACCUCACCGCCCUCUACAACAACCGCGCGGCCGCACGACUCAAAACGGGGCAUUACCGGGAAGCCGUCGAAGAUUGCACUUACGUACAGCGCAUGGACGCGAAGGAUCUCAAGAGCCUGUUGCGCCGCGCAACGGCGUGGGAGGCGCUGGAGAAGUGGGAGAAUGCGAGGGAUGAUUAUAAGGCGGUUAUGGCGAUUGAUCCGAGUGUGAAGGCGGCGAGUACCGGGUUGGCGAGGGCGCAGAAGGCGCUGAAGCCGUUGAGUGAGAGUACCCCCGCUGUGGUGGCGCAGAGUGCGGCGACUGUGCCGGUUGUUGCGGCGCGGAGUGCGUUUGCAGACUUUGAGCAGCCUGUGUCGAAGCCCAUGGACCCAUAUGUCGCGAACGCCGUCAACACAGCAGUCGCCAAGCUACGGGAACAGAACGAGGCGGCGGAAAACGAAGAGAACAUGAAGCUUGCGCUCAAAGAUCAAACGGACGAUUUGAUCAACCGCUGGCGCCGAGGCAAAGAAGACAACCUCCGCGCCCUUCUCUCCUCCCUCGACACUGUGCUCUGGUCAGAACUCAAAUGGACAUCCAUCAACCUGUCCGAGCUCAUCACGCCGCAGCAGGUAAAGAUCAAGUAUAUGCGCGCUGUUGCGAGGGUGCAUCCUGAUAAGCUGAGCCAAGACGCGACAGUCGAACACCGACUGAUCGCCAACGGCGUGUUUGGGACACUGAAUAAGGGUUGGGACGCUUUCAAGGCGCAGAACGGCUUGAAUUGAAAGGGAAAAAUAGCUCAUAAUAUCGAUAUCCACCUUAUUCAUCCCACCAUUUCUUUACUUUUUUGGAUAUGCGCAACACGGCUCCGAUUAUCAUUUGCGGCAUUCUUCUCUCUUGCAUAUUCAUGCGUUCUCUUCGAGGGUUUGAAAGAAUAGAUGGUAUAGAAAGCUUGGCG